AUGUCCUUUCCAUGGAAAAGGCUGAUCUCCAAUGUGACACUAGAGUGGGUAACCAUUGCCCAGGUGCCCAUUGAAAAGGCAGCAGAGCUGCCACACCUGGCCCUAAGAGGGCAGUGUGGGGGCUGCAGGUGCAGGGAUGUGAGAGGCUCCAGCAGGGAUAGCCUUGGCUCAGCUGAUUUGGCUUCUUUCCACCCAGGCAUUUGCCACAUCGCAGAUGAUGAUGAGGAGAAAACCUUUCCAGGAGAUUUCAAGCAGCUGCAAGAGGAGGUUUCCCAGAAGGUAGAAGCGGCAGAGCUCUCCAAGGGCUUGCAUGGUGUUGUGUUCUCCAACCUCCAGGCCAUGCUAGGGGACUGCAAGGCUCUUCAAGACCUCAUGGACAAGCUGGAACUGGAACCCUUCGGGCAUUUGGAUGGCCCUGGUGGCACCAUCCUAACGGAACUACAAAAGGACUCCCGCUACCCAGGGGUUGGCUCAAAGUUCCUCCUCCUCUACCUGCUUGAAGCCUUAAUGGUGCUGAGUGACAUCCAACUGGGUCUGCUGGCUCAGUCCCUGGAGAAGAGGAUCCUCCUCCCGCAGAGGGACCUGGUGAGGAGCAUCCUGGAGCCCAACUUCAACUGCUCCCAGAACACCCCCUUUACCCUCCAGCCCGAGCUCCUCGCCCCACUCCAGGGGGAGGGCUUGGAUAUCACCUAUGGGCUGCUGGAUGAGUGUGGCCUGCAGAUGGAGCCGAACAGCCCCAGGUCAACCUGGGACCCAGAAGCCCAGGAGCCCCUGUCUGCCCUCUAUGGGACUCUCUCCGUGCUGAGGCAGCUGGCUGAGGCCUGAGCCCUCCUGGGAGGAGGCCAGAGAGUCAGUCCAGUGAGGCUAGUCAGUCCUGGUCCUGCCCUUUGCUGCAGACACCCGUAAGCUGUUCUCUGUAUCCGGGAGUCUAUCUCUCUUCCAUAUAUAAGGGAUAAGUCUUUGUCUUUGUUUGAUUUAUUUGACCUGGCACAAGGCCUUCACAUUUGUCCAUGCUGUCACAAAUAGCAGGAGACUGGCUGCUGAGUAGGAGGAUGGGUUGGAAGGUGGGGGGCAUGUGUGUAUGUAGGGAGAACAUUGAAGCAGUUUCUCUAAUUGCUCGGGCACUCAGUGGUAUUUUUUAAAAGGUAGGAGCUUGAAAAGUAGAUAUAUUUAAUUCUGCUUUGAAUAGAUCCCGGGAAUACUUUGGGGAUAUAUAUGCAAACUCAUAGGAUCACAUCUUCCUGCUUCCAUCUAUUGAAUGACUGAUUAGAACUAUUAUCUAAUGAACUUAUAAUUUACACCAGAAGGUGGCAGCAUUGCCACACAGCAGGACUUGGUGAUGGCAGACACUUUCCUUGAUUUGUUUUGGGACUUCUGAGUUAAAGGCUGGCCCCUCUCUCUGCUCUGCUCUCCCACCUCCCUCCCCUGCUUUUCCCUCCCCCUUUGCUGCCUCCCUACUGCAUUUAACAUGGCAUAGGCUGGCAGAAAUGGGGCUGGGGCAGUGGAAGUCAACACUAGCUUUUUAUAGCUUCUAGAAUCUUCCUUUUAAUAAAAACACUGCAAUGGUUGUAUUGAAUAAUUCCCAUAAAGAGCUCUGGGAGGUAAGACGUGAGUUAUGGGGAACUUAGAGCUGUUUCCAGGGUUUUCAGAAACGUUUUUCCCAGAAACGCCAGCCCUUCUGCCGGGAUUACUAUGGGUUCUGUGGGAAAUCUGUCGUCUCAUGCUGAGCCCAGGCAGGAGCCAGGAAGAGAUUGAAUGUUGCUCAGUAAGCAGGGCACAUAGUUUCUGAAUGAAUUCAGCCAAGCACUGGAACUGUUUCAAAAUAUUACAACCUUGGUCAACCCAUCAGAAAGCAGGGCUGGUGCAAAUGAUAUGGGUCUUAUAAUCUGAUAGAUAGAGCACCUGAAUUAACCUGAAAAAUAAUCAUAUUAUUUUAAAUCUUAGAACACAAACACUUCUAUGAAUAGGGGGUUAAGUUUUUUCCUAAGUUUCCUUUCCAAGGCCUGUGGGAAGCAAUGGAGGUGACUCAGCUGUCAACUCAGCAAGCAGAACUGAUAAGCAUGGUCAGACCAGUAGUCAAAAUAUCAUCUCAUCAACAUCCUUUCCUUACCUGAUGGCUAAGGACAGUAGGUGACCUCUGGGGACCCUCAGGCUGCUUAUAGCUGUAUUCCUUUCCCAGCCCCCUCUCUCCUCCCAACACUCUCCCCCCCCCCCCCCCCCGCCCUUCGCUGUAGAACCCUGUCCCCCUGUCCCCCGCUCAUUGCUGUGAGAAAGGAUUUGAAUGCUUGUAAGCGCCCUCUCUUCUUGGUUGGCUGGCCUUCACAAUAAAUGUCUUCUGUGAUUCGA